AUGUGUUCAUCACAAUUGGAGAAUAUUGUCCAGCUCAAUUCUGCUGCUGUCAUUAUAUUCGAACACUCCUUCUACGUUUUCGACAAGGCACACUAUCUUCAGGACGAGCAAAAGGGUGAUCCCUCUUUUUAUUUUGCUGUUGAGCAGUACAUUGCGUCUUCACAUGCAGCUGCUGUCAGGGAAGCUGUGAGUGCUGCCGUCCAGACACAUCAAGAAGUGAAGCAAUCCUUUAAAUGCUCUGAGGAGAAGGAGAAAGAAUCCUACUCUCGGGUGAAGACACAGUUGAUCCAUGCUGUUCUUGAAAUCACUUUAAAUAAUCGCCUGUACCUUAAUGCAACAUAA